AUGUCGUUACCGCGGGGUGUCGGUCUUGGUGUCGACGUGGGCCAAUUGAUGCAACACCAGCAACAGCAGCAGCAACAUCACGUGCUACCAGCCGCGUUCUUCCUUCGUGCCAGUGCCGAGAGAUACCAAAGGACACCGAAGUGCGCGAGAUGCCGUAAUCAUGGUGUCGUUUCCGCAUUGAAGGGCCACAAACGGUAUUGCCGUUGGCGGGACUGCGUGUGUGCAAAAUGUACUCUGAUCGCCGAGAGGCAACGGGUGAUGGCUGCCCAGGUGGCGUUGCGGAGGCAGCAGGCCCAAGAGGAGAGCGAGGCGCGCGAGUUGGGCCUGCAAUUGCAAUACAAUACGGGCAGCUGCACCACCGCCCCCGUUCUGCCCAGUGCGGCCAGCGCGACCACGCCAGCUGGUAGCCCGCCCCCGCACCCGGCCCACGUUUCCAGUCCCGGGGGUUUGGGAAUUCCGGCGGCGGCGGCAGCCGCAGCCGCGGCCGCGGCCGCACACAUCCAGACGCAACUCCAGCAUCAGCAGCCAGACUGCGGCCUCCUGCAACGGAAGAGGCUUCCCCAGGACGAGUACCGGCAGCCCAAAAUCGAGAAACAGGAUCCGAUCGUCGGUGGAAUCGCAGGCACAAAGAGGUCGAGAAUCUCUGAGAGCACUACGGGAACAAUGCUUUCCACGAGCGACACCGGUAACGAAGACGACCGUGACUCCGACUCCGGCGGGGAACUUCUCGCUGACCGUCCAUUGGGAGUGGCGACGUCGAUCGGAUUAACGGAUAAUGAUACGCCGAGGAAGCGGUCCAGUAGUCUGAACGAUUCCGAGGAAGGAAGUCCGGAACCUGGUUCGCAGAGUCCGACGCACACGCCGCCACUAACGCCAGCAUUGACCCCGCAAAGGGAAGACACGCCGGCGCCAGAGAAUCUCAGCCUCCGCAAAACCGGGAGUCCCCAGCAAACCCAGCAGACCCUGCAACCGGUGGACCUCGUGCAACCCAGACCCAGCCCUCCGCUACCUUCGCUGGCGGCUGCAGCGACGGCAGUGCACUUUCCACCGUACGCGCCUCUUUAUGGACCCGCGGCAAGUUCCCUCUACUGUUCACCGGCCCUCUACCAGCACCACCAUCACAUGCCAGAGCCCCGCGAGAUUCAGAUGCAGAUGCAGAUGCAGAUGCAAAACAUCCAACAGUCUUGCGGUCUUCAGUUGCAGCAGCAGCAACAGCAACAACAGCAGCAGCAGCAGCAGCAACAGCAACAACGGUCCCCGGUGGACGUUUUGCUGCGAGUCUUUCCGGGAAGGCGUCGCGCGGACGUGGAGGCUCUGCUGCACCGGUGUAAAGGCGACGUAGUCUCCGCCAUGGAGGUGCUGGUCUGCGAGGACAGUCUGCAACCGAAGUCGGCGUUCUCACCGCUGGCGGGCGCGUUGGCGUCGGCGGCGGCGGCGUCCGCGUCUGUAUCGGCCGCGUACGCGACCCGCGCCGCGUACUGCACCACUCCCAUACCCUCGACCAGACACAGGUUCCUGGCUGCGCCUUACGCGGGCACCGGUUACCUGCCCACGGUGAUCAAGCCGCCCAAUCAGAGCCUGCACGCGAACGGUACCGGCGACGCCUAUCGGGAAACCAGUCCCGACGACGCCAGCGACAAGACCAGCUACUCCGAGUGA